CCUGGCUACAUUAAAUCAAAAUGGCGGACGAAUCUCUUCGAGUUGUCGAGUUUUACAGUGGAAUCGGUGGAAUGCACUUUGCUUUGAAAGGAUGUGGGUUUGCUGGUGAAGUAAAUGCAGCCUUAGAGAUCAACACCACAGCAAAUCAAGUGUACCAAUUAAACUUUGCUGACACAAAACUCCUGCAAAAGAAUAUAGAGGGCAUUACAGUCAAGGAGCUGGAUCGUUUAUCUGCUGAUGUUUUCCUGAUGUCACCCCCUUGUCAGCCAUUUACAAGGGUUGGUCUUCAAGGUGCAUCCAGUGAUCCAAGAUCAAGAAGUUUUCUUCACAUUCUUGAACUCCUACCUCAACUAUCAAAAGUGCCAGACUACAUCCUAAUGGAAAAUGUAAAAGGAUUUGAAACUUCAGAUACAAGAGAGUAUUUUCUUGAAACACUAAACACUUGUGGUUAUAAUUAUCAGGAAUUCUUAUUGUCUCCAGUUCAGUUCGGAAUCCCCAACUCUCGUCUAAGGUACUAUCUUUUGGCAAAGAGGAGACCCCUUCGAUUUUGCUUCCCAACACGUAAUGAGAUUAUGGAGAGCUUUCCAGACAUGUAUCUCCAUGCCGAAAAUCGAUGUCACUGUCAAUGCAGUGGUUGUGGAAAUGACCCAAUGACAACAGGGUAUGAAGUAGAUGUGGAUGAUCACAAGCAGUCAUCUGCGACAGAGUGCACUGUUGAAAUGAAUCAAAGAUUACCUCAUAACCCCGCCUGCUCGAAAUGCUUUAGGACAAGAAAUGAACGAUGUUCAGAAGUACUCGCAAUGGAAUCAAGUAGUCAAGUUUACGAGCUGAAAAAUUGUCGGCGAAUUGGUGACUACCUAGAGAAUAGUAACGAUGAUAAUUACUUCGAAGAGUUUCUUCUGCCGGAGAAGGUUUUAUGUAAAUUUGCACUCCUUUUAGACAUCGUCAAUCCUCAAUCUGAGCGUUCCUGUUGCUUCACAAAGGCUUAUGGACAUUAUGCUGAAGGAACUGGCUCAGUGCUCAAAAUGGCAAAUAUCGAUGACUCAGAUAUCUUCAGAAGAUACCAGGAUCUUACAGAUGAUAAACAAAAAGCAGAGCUUUUGUCAAUAUUGAAAUUGAGGUAUUUUACCCCACGUGAGGUGGCAAAUCUGCAUGGCUUCCCCUUCGAGUUUCGUUUCCCUUCGUCUUUGUCGAUCAAACAACAAUAUCGCCUGCUAGGAAACAGCCUCAAUGUUCUGUUGGUGUCUGAGUUACUGAACUGUCUCUUCCACGCGCCAUAGUUUUGCAAAGAGACAGACUGGAGGUUGUUCGUGUCUGUGCGGAAAGAAAACGAUGAUGCUUUGAAGAAACUGCGACAUUAGUUAU